CACAUAGUCCAACGAGAUGGGACGCCGUCAUCUGAAAACCGAUCAACGGUCAGAUCCUAACUAGUUGGUUAUGCUUUCAUACUUGGUAGAUGAUAUUCAUGAGAUCAAAACGCACUGGCCAUAUAUAUCAUCUCUGAUUUCCUUAGCUCUAUUUUCCCGGACUAAGAAUUAGAGAAGAAAUUAUGGCUUUCUUAGCAACGGCUGAAGUUUGUGAUUCUAAUAUAGCUUAUCUUGCGAGUGGUGAGUUGCGGGUACUACAUCCUGUUUUUCAGAUAUAUGGGCAAUGCCGUGCAUUUUCUGGCCCCAUUGUUACUCUUAAGGUGUUUGAGGACAAUGUGUUAGUGCGGGAGAUUCUUGAAACCAGAGGUGAAGGCAGAGUCUUGGUGAUAGAUGGUGGUGGAAGCUUGAGAUGUGCUUUGGUAGGAGGUAACUUGGUGCAGCUAGCUCAGAAUAUGGGUUGGGCUGGCAUUGUAGUCAACGGUUGCAUAAGAGAUGUAGAUGAGAUCAAUGGGUGUGACAUUGGGGUCCGCGCAUUGGCAUCAAACCCUCUGAAACCCAACAAGAAGGGCAUUGGUGAGAAAUAUGUACCUGUUUAUGUUUCUGGAACCUUAGUUCGUGAUGGGGAAUGGUUGUAUGCUGACAGUGAUGGGAUUCUCAUCUCUAAAACUGAGCUCUUCAUCUGAUUGAGGUGGCAUAACCAUGCUUUCAUUGGCCCAUCUCACCUUAUGCCAUUUAACUCAGAUUGUGUUGAAGUUCUUGCAAUGCUUUCAUUGAACUAUUAUUCUUGGAUCAUCU